AUGGAGACUAUAGCUAUGGACUACACUGUAGUAGAACCAUCAAAAGACGGUUUCGAAAACAUCUUGGUUCUGACUGACGUGUUUACGAAAUAUGCGUGGGCAAUUCCGACUAGAGAUCAGCAUGCUAUUACGAUCGCUAAGGCCCUAGUGAAGUAUGUCUUAUGUCUUACUCCUUAUGAAUGUCCAAUGCGCUUACACUCGGACCAAGGCAGAAACUUUGAGGCACAAGUUGUACGAGAUCUGUGUAACCACUACGGCAUUAAACGUAUUCACACUACACCAUACCACCCCACCCCUAAGGAAAUGGGCAAUGCGAGAGGUUCAAAAAGACCAUUCACAACCUCUUGUCUACCCUUUCGGAGGAGGCCAAGCUGA